AUGUUGCAUGUGUCCGCCAAUGGUAGCUCCUUCGAUUCGAUCCAGAAUGGCCAACAGCAUCAAGCAUCUGAGAACACACUGACAGGGUUUCCUAAUGACUCGGUCAGCGGGCUGGUUUCCAGUCCAGGGAAUUUGCAAGCAGCACCACUGUCAGCCAAAUGGCCAUCUAAGGUCUCGCUUCAUGACCAUGGUGCGUCAGGCGGGAGCGACGCCACGGUUUUCAUCGGCGGGGGUGGGGCUACCUCUCCUUCACACGAAGCGAGCUUCAAGCGAACUAACAGCCUGCUUAGCCGUAGAGGCAGCAACAGCACACAAAGUCGGCGAGCGUUCAAGGCGAGCAGCGCGGCGCUCAGCCGACGCGCCCCGCCCGUCAGCAGUGAUUCGUACACCUUUGUCAGCUCCGAUAUCGAUCAUCCAGUAGCAGCAACAGGGGAAGGUUCAGGUUCACGCAGAAGUGCAGACAUGUGUGUGGAAGACGAAGUGCUAUUGGAGAACCAGCGUGCCAUGCAUGCCCCAAUGAUGCAGAGCAGGGCAAGCUACCAUGGCGUGACGAGCCUCUCGCACGGCCGAGGUAGCUUCAGCGUCGAAGAGCGAGGGAGCUGGGGAGUGGGUUCGGUAGUGCCGCAGCCCCCGUCGCCUUCCAAGCGCAGCGGAGCAUUCGUUCGCAAGAAGGCCAUUUCUGGUCCCACACGGCCCGCGAGCGCCGGUGGUCUUAUCGGAAGAGGUGCAAGGAACGACGGAAUGCAAUCGCCGGGCGGCAACACUGCAUUUGGCGGUAGUGCUUCUGGGUCUUCCCAGCCCGCGAGGAAACGUGUUGUACAGAAAAGCAUGAUUGGGCUUCCAACUAAUUUCCAGCACACUGGCCACAUCGGUGCAUCGAAUCACACAGCCGCCACAUCCAGCCUUUCCGGAUCCACGCCUUUCGAUGCCGAGGCCUUCAAGAGCCAAAUGGCAGAUGUAGCCGCCGCUCUGCGUAUGGACGACAUUGGCCUCUCCCUCGCUAGAUCAUCUUCGGCGACGCCAUCCAUGGACCCAGCCUUGACUUUCGCUUUGGCUUCGUCCGUUGCCCCACAGCCGCCGAAUGAAGCCGCACACGGCUUGGCGUUUAACUUAGAUCCGAUCGAAGAAGAAGCAGCGCGUAUUGCGACGCUACAAAUGCAGAAACAAAGGCAUGCGGCAUUAGCUGCUGCACUGGCUGCUGAAGCCGGCAUGUCGUCAGAGAACCCUCCGCCUCCUCCACUACCAGGCGCUGCAGUCGAGGUUCAGAGCAUCAAGCCGGCGCCUAAUGCCACCGGCGCAGCUGAGCUGCCCAUUUUCGCGUCCAACAUGCCUGCUUCGUUGCGUGACCUCAUGACUGAGAAGUCAGAUCUUGGAUCGUCCAUUGUUGCCGAGCUAUCUCAAUCAACAGCAGCAACAGCUGCCAUGCCUUUUCGUCCGAAGGACAAACACACUGCGUCAACCUCGUCCGCCACGUCUACCAGCUCAACAGGCAGUAUAGGUGUUGCUACUGCGCCAGUCAAGCUCGUGUACAACGGUGUACAACGCAGCCAGUCCCAGAGGCUCAACCAAGGUCCACGCCCCGCCUCCACCGCAAACGUCGGAGUGGCCGCUGCAGCGAGUGACUCACCAAGUGCAGAGGCCGAGAAUGGCAGAACUUUGCCAUCUUCACCGAGAGCUCCUUCGAAGCGUAAAGCGCUUCCUAGCAUGGGCCCGCUUGAUUUGUUACGCCGCAAGUCUUCCAUGACGCUGCGUUCAGGAUCAUCCUCUGCGCCCAUUGACGUCGAAAACGAUUUCAGCACUGCUGCAGUGCUUGCUCCGCCGAUGGCAGUGGCUGGAGCGGAAGUCUCCCGGGAAACCCUCGAGGCUUGUUGCGCAUUGCCAACACCGGUCAGCAGGCCCAUGUCUCCUUCUACUUCCGCACCUGUUGCGGCGGCUACAACCGGAGUUGGCCGCCAGCGGCGCAAGCCGGUACCUCGUUCGCUUGACGAUGAUGACAAUUCAAUCGUCUCGCAUUGUAUGUCUCCGAGCACGGCAGGAACAACAGCAGGAGCAGGAGCAGCACUGCCGCUGAAGAUUACGGACAAGGCUGUUUUGCCAUCUGCUCCAAAUCACUCGGUCACUCUUGGCGUUCCUACUGCUUCGGAUGCCGCCACGAACAUCAGCGGCAGCUCCGAGCUUGGACAGUUGCAGGGCACAAUCAACCGCGCUCUGCUGGCGCGCGCGAAACAAGAAGAAAAGCAGCGUGUUGAGCACGAACGUAAGGUGUCCCAAACAACGCUACCGCAAGCCAAUGCGACUAAUGGCGACGCAGACAUUGCAGCAAGGUACCUUGCGGUAGAGGCCCCAACGGCCGCGAACGGGAAGGCGCUUGUUGAAGGCCCCGGUGGGAAUUUGAUCACCGAUACAGCCAAUUUGCGCUGGAACUCGGCGCUAAAAGAGAUCACACUGGCGCUGGCCGCAGAGGACCGUAAAGUGGAGGAUGAGCUGGAUUUGCUGAAUGGACUUAAAGCGGCUGACGAGGCCCUCGCACGGCUGGGCCAGUCAUACGUUUAG